GAUGAGGACGACGAAUCGUUCAACUCAUUCCUGCACAGUCAUGCAUACCACAAUUUCCUUCAUCAAGGUGGGAGAAUGGAAGACUGGGGACGGCAGGCCGAGACGGAUGAACGACAAAAUAUAUGGAACCGGUGGCAAGAAAGCGAAUGGGGCGGAGCUCUGAGACAUCGCAGAAAGGAAGCCGGUGCUACCACGCAACGUUGGGUAGGAGGAAGCUUCGAAGUUGGGAACGUUUUAGGUGUCAACAUUCUCGACGACUCCCCAGCAUCGCUUUCGCAGCCUGAUCAAACCUGUCCAAACGAUCAAACUGAUGGCCCCUCCACAGCUGAGCCCCCUUCUGUGGUUGACGGCCCGUCGUUUUUCACGGCUAGGACAGCGUUCUCUCUCGGCGCAGUUCUGAACCCUGACACAUCCCUAUCCCCUUCCCCGAGUUCUGAGCCCUCUUCUAGCACGGGUAUUCUCACUGCUGCUCCCAAGUGUCAGGGCUCCACUAAUAGCAUUAAUGUUGCACCUCCGGAGGGCCCUCAGCGACCUACUAUUUUGAAUGGAAAGAAGUCCUCAGCAGAUAUAAACAGUUUUGAUCAUGCAAACGAGGGGACUUCCUCGAGAUUGCAGUUCACAGCUGAGAACGAUAUUCCUGCACCUCCCGCGGCUGUCCUUGCAAGAAGUGGGAGCGAUGUGGAUGAAACUAGCGCAGGAGUUACCUUGGAUGAGACUCCCUCACGUGAACGAUCUGAUAAGCGAGGGGAUAUCAUACUCAGGGAUCGAAUGUUCGUCAGAAUCAGCCACACGAAAUCAGAGUCAUUGCCUUGCCACUUUGACGAAGUUCAGAAUCGUAUGACUCCCAAUCUUAAUUACGAGGACUGGGCUGAAUUUCUGGUGGUCUGGCGAGGAGAGCGGCUUGAAAUUUAUGAAGAUUAUACCUUACCAGGAAAAGAGAACAUCACUGGACAUAAGCACCUCGCAUUCAUAAUACCUCUCCGAUCUCAACGCACAUGUUCAUCACUUUAUUCUUUCACCGACUUCACUUUCUGUAUCUUGUGUCGGCCCACACCGGUCCGUAAUAAUCAAUCAAAAGCCCGACGUUUAUUUCGCCGCGCGAACGAAGGGACAAAUGUGUUCGUUUUCAAGGCAAAAUGCCGUACGAGGGCUAUGGACUGGUAUUGGCAGCUAUGGCGUCAUCUGGGCGGCGAAAUACCUGCUUCUAUCGAGCUUAGGUGUCCGGCCAUUGGUACACGCAUUGAUUUGGAUGUUCCUGUCGCCCACGCAGUGAAUAUUGACAAUGCAUACCACAUGUUCAGCCGUAGGAAUAUCAUUGACAUCGUCCGGAAGUCUCUGGGUUCAUCUUGCAACUCCCAUGAGGUUAUAUCUCGUGACUGGAAACACGUGGUAGAACGUGAAAUUGCAGCAGGCACAACCCUCGAGUUAGCAUGGAGCUUCGAGGCGAAGCUUGACUGGGUUUGGAAGGAGGAAGACGUGAUGGGCCAGUCUAGACCGUGGGCCGUUUUAUGCGGGUUGGCGAUGCAACAGGGAACCAAACCAGCGCACCUUGAGCUUCGACUUGGCCAACACUAUCCGGCUACAAUUCACCUACCCGAUGGGACAAAGGUACACGAGCCUCCAUGUGUAGAGGGGUAUCUCGAUCGCAUUAAACCCAGCAGUCAGACUAAACAACAUAUUUACCUUACUUCGCAUGACGGCCACCUUUUUGCCCUUUCGCCCUCAAAUUCCCACCCUCCUGUCCCUCCGAACGUUCAUUUAUCUCGUGCCCUGUCAGCACGCGAUGAUGAAAGACUAGAAUACACACGGGUUCUUCGUGAGGCCGAGGUCGCACGAGGAGCUGCUCAAAUUGCAGCCGCGUUUGAAGUUUUCGACCUGCGGAAUAUCAGGGAGAUCCGCAGGAUAACCCAUGGAAAUAUCGAUCUUGAUACUAGGACCCAUGUCACGGCUAAUGGAGCUGGUGGGUCUGUGGGAAGCCAAGACAUCUCGACUAGGGACGAAGAUGAUAUCGGUGGAGCCGAGGGUCUAGCACAGGCUCAUGACAAGGAUCAGCUCCGUGUCAGUCGCUGCUUCGAAAUUGUCUUGGUAUCUGGGCGCGUGAUCCGAUUCGAGACGUACUCCUGCCAGACGAGUCAAGAAUGGGUAGAUCGACUACUCGCACUCGUCGGGUACUGGACACAGCGACAUCGUGUUGAUGCUCGGGAUGAAAUGGACAUAUCCUACUCUACACGCCAUCGCCCCCCCAUCACUCCCCGUGUUACUAAGCAUGCGUUCUGUAAUGAGAAGAAAAGCCCGACGACACCCAUUGUGGAUGCAGAAUUUAUGCCUGAGUUGAGCUCAUUAUAUCAUUGGUGCACGCUGGACAACUGCAGAAGCGUACUCAAGAGUGGCCGCGCAUUCGCACGAAAGGGACUCCAGGGACAGUAUAAGCUCGUGCACUUGUUUCUAGUUUCUGGACGUCUCCUCCAGUACCAUGUCUCGCGCAAUUCAUUUCUCCGUCAUAGGAGCAAGGAGAUCAAUCUAAUGGAUUCCUAUGUUUGUUCAGGGUAUCUGGCUGCCCUUACCUUGUGGCCAAGCGAGUACAACCCUGAAACUCCCAGUGUUGCUCGUCGUUACUUUGACGGGUUCGAAGCCGAUGACCCAGAAGAGGAUAUGCUAUUCGCUAUCUGGUACCGCAAACGUAGGGACGGAGAUGCGGACAGCGUGCCUUCCCUCUCAGCGAAGCACAAGGUUGUUGUCUUUAGGACAAGAAGUAGGGUUGAAAGGGAUGCGUGGUGUUGGGCACUAGGGUGCGAAAUCGAGAAGCUUGUUAGGGCAAACAAAGAGAGGGAGGCGAAACUGAGAGAUGCGGGAGGGCUUGUGGAAAUAUCUGUUCUAGGAGACUGAAGAUUUUUACAUGACGGAUAUGAUAUUGCACUCUGCAUCACGCAGUCGGAGGUCAUGCUCCUCAGGAAAACCCUUUGAUUAGGAUCUUUGAUCAGGGUAAACUAUGUACAGAUGCCAAGAUUAGUCGCAGAGGUUAAUUUACUCUAUCACCUCUCCAUCAUCAGCGUCGCUAUCAUAUUCGUCCCGCUGAGCUCUCCUUGCCGCAAGUUUGACCCGCUUUUCAAGACUACUGUCGGCAACCAGCAUGGCCAUAGUGAGCCUUUCACUGCAGCC